UUCGUCGUCGUGUUGAGAUUCUCCCCCUUCCAAAUCCCAGGCCGCGCGAAGAAGAAUCUAGCAAGCUUCCUUUCUGGAGCCCCCCCGGUCCGUCACCAUGACCCGGGGUAAAAAUAUCUCUUCUCCCCCCCGGUCCGAAAUGUCUCCCCGCCAACACACCCGCCGGCCACCGCGCGCCGCCGCUUGUUCUCUUUCGCUUCGCGCGCGGGUGGGCGGAGUGACGACCGAAUGCGACAGCCCGAUGCCAACCCCAAUGGCUGUAAUGCCUGCCUUUGCCCAGCCCUGGUUGCUGAGCUGCCCUCCUCCAGGCGGCCGGGCUAGGGCUGAUUCGGGCCUCGCGCCACGCAGUGCGUCAAUCCAAUCCAGCCGGCUUGCUUCCCUCCCUCCGCCUGUUGCUGGACGUGUGGCGUGGCCGAUUUUCCCCUUUGAGAGAUUGGGUCGGGGGGGGGGGGGGGGGGGGCUGAAAAGGAAAGGGAACCAACGUUCUAGGAGCCCGCGGGACUACCAGAGCAUGGGGAUCCAUCGGGAUCGAAUCUGGGUGGAGGACGUUUGGAGGGAGGAUCGUCGGCCGUCUGAUCAGCCUCGACGUUUGCAUGCGCACUGCCAAUGGAUGAUCGGCAUUGAAGCCAUGAACGGGCGCGUUGGUUUAUACUAAACCCAGCCUCGAGCCACCAAAAAUCGAUGAUGCAUCCAUCCAGGCCCCCCCUUACCCCCCUCCACCCAGACAAUUGAGGCCUCGAUAUAUACCCUCCACCAAGCGACCGGC